UUCAGUUAAGAGGCAAUGAAGUUCCUUUUGGUAUUUUUGCUGAUCACUUUUUGUGUUUUGGAUAAAACCACUGCUAUAGACAGGAGGAAAGGGGCUACUGCUUCACCAUUUAAAACGAAGACUGGGAAAAUGGAUCCCUUGCCUUGUAACUUUUUUGCGUGGGAUAAAAAUGGAGACUACAGAAUUGAUAUACAAGAGUUUUUCGACAUGGUGAAAUACGAUCAACGACUCCUACCAGCAUUCAAGAGCGGCGACAAAGAUGGAAACGGAUUUCUGUCUCCUUCUGAGCUUCUGAAAACUCCUGUAAAUUUUGAAAAAUGUUGAAACAUCACCUCAAGAGAUAAUAAAUAUUUACAUUUUG